AUGAAGUCGUUUGCCGUCCUCGCUGCUGCCACCCUGGCUGCCGCCUCGCCUAUUGCCAAGCGGGAAGCUGGAGGAAUCCUGCUCUGCACGGGCGCCAAUGCCACCGGCACCUGCAACCACAGCGUCUAUCCCCUCGACACCUGCGUCAACAUCACGACGCCCUUCUUGGGCAACACCAACACGUUCGCGCCCGACGGCGAGGCCUUUGCCUGCUACCCCUACGGCAUGCCCUGCGGCGGCAUCUGCACCUCGCCCGAGGGCUGCACGCUGGGCGCCAUCGACUUUGACUACGAGCACAAGUACAACCUGAGCGCCGUGAGCUGGGCCGGCGUCGCGUCGUUCCGCUGCUUUACCAAGACGACAACCACGACCGUCGAGACAGAAGAGCAGUGA